GUUUAGUAAGCAUCCUUGACAGGACUCUCCAUGGGAAAGAAAACAAGCUGGUUUAGUUUCUUCAAGAGACUCUUCUUAUUGAAAUCGAAGUCGACAACCAAUGAAAAGCAAGCCCACAAGAAGUGGAGAUUGGCGUUUCAUAGACUCCAGCUAAGGCAAUAUCCAUUGCUUCCGAUUUCAUCGGCAUCCCAGAAAUUGCUAAAAGAAGCAAGAGAGGAACAGAGAAAACAGGCUCUGGCAGUUGCAAUGGCUACGGCAGCUGCAGCCAAAGCUGCAGUUGCUGCUGCUAAUGCUGCAGCCGAAGUUGUCGAGUUCUUGGGAAUUCCAGAGUCUUAUAUUGAGCAUCUAAACAGGAAACAAAUAUUGGCUGCCACCAGAAUUCAGGCCGCCUAUAGAGCAUUUCUAGCCAGAAAAGCACUGAGGGCAUUGAAAGGAUUGGUAAGGCUUCAAGCAAUUGUCAGAGGAAGAAUAGCAAGACGUCGAUCCAAUGUUCUUAAGUUCUUGCCACUUCCAUUGGCGAAGACACGCUCUUUACGCGAAGGAGAGAAUACCUGUUUUCUCGGUGAAAAGCAAUUGAAGCUGAAUUGCAAGAGUUACAGAAGUUGGGAUUAUAGCAUAUUCUCAAAGGAAGAUUUGGAAGCCUUGCAGCUAAGAAAGCAAGAAGCAACAAGCAUGCGAGAUCGAAUGAAGAAAUAUUCAUCUUCUCAUAGAGAGAGACGGAUCAAUGAAUACCUGGAGAAUUCAAUGAUUGACAAUGGGAGGAUGAUGAGCCCACUUCUAGAAGUGGAAGGAGCGGGUAUUAAUGGAUCAAGAAAGAGGGAAUUAUCCAAAUCAAGAUCAACUGUUUCCUCGAAUUUUAUAGAAGCCGAAACAUUCAUAAGAAUGCAAUCAAGUUUGAGGAAGGAAGAGCCUGAUUCCCCAAUUGCACUCCCAAGGAGAUCAUUUAACCGAACUGAACAAAAAUCAGUAUUGAAUGACAGUUGUAUGGUGAAUUCUCCAGCCUUGCCAACUUAUAUGGCUGCCACAGAAUCUGUCAAGGCUAAGUUGAGAUCAACAAGCACACCGAGGCUAAGGCUGGGAACUUAUGAUCAAGAUUUUCCAUAUAAAUCAAGAAUCUUUUGAAAAACAAGAGUCCAGAUCUGAAAAAAAGAUGAUUAAGGACAUGAAAGACCAGCAGGUUGUAUAUUCUCUAUCGAAAUACUACAAUUGUUUGACAUGUAAAAAAAACAAGCAUGGGAUACAAUUUACACACAUAAACAACGCUUUGGCUAAAUUUGUGACAAAAUGAGACUUUUUU